GACAAAGGAGAAAGAUAAUUACUGCCAUGGGGUAAAGUAGAAACCAAAGCCACGUGAAGAAAGAAAAGAAGAGGACAAUCACACUUCUCACAGUUCCCAUUUCACAAACCCACUUGUUCUUUUUGGCCCUAAUCUCAUACGCAACCAGAAACACCAGCACAUCACACCUUCACCUUCAGAUCUACAUCAAUCCCCCUUUUUCCCACACUCCCCGUAACAACACAAAUCUCCAAUUAUCAUUAUUAUUAUUAUGUAUCCUCAAUUUCAACAUCUUAGAUCCGUAUCGUAAAACUAACAAAUCCAAAUCCAAAUGGGGGCAUCUGAAUCUAUACAAGUAGCAGAAGACGACGAUGAAGAAACCGAGCAAGUAGAACAAAACAUUCACGAUGAUUCCAGAAGAAGAUUACUUGUUGAAGACGACAACUUAAUGAAGAAAGUUGUUGAGCAAGAACCAGAGCUGUUACCGUGUCACGCAUCAGCGUCACCGUUAUCUCCUCAACCGUCGUCGUUCGGUACGCCGCGGCUGCCGCCGUCAAUCAAGGUGUGGGACCCUUGCAACGUGCUGUCUCCGCCGCCGCAGUUUACACGUAGCUUUUCCGACGUGGUGGAGGAAGAUAGGGCUACGACGGAGGUGUAUUUGAUUUGUCAAGCUGAGUGUCAUGUCAAUUUGAGGCCGGAUUUGGUCGGUGGUAGGUGUCCGGAAUCGGAAUUGACAGUUAAUGGGAAGAGACAAGCUAGGGCUUUGGCUGUGUUCUUGAAAUCUCAGGGGAUUCGGUUUAAUGCCGUGUAUACUUCGCCGUUGGAUCGGGCGAGAUCUACUGCCAUUCCUAUUUGUCAGGAAAUGAAUUUCUCAGAACAGCUGAUACAAUCAUCAGAUGCACUGCAAGAAAUGAGUCAUGGACUAUGGGAAGGCUGCUUGAGGUCCGAUGUGUACACCCCUGAAAUAUUAACCUUAACAGAAAAACUCCAACCUGAUUUCUGUCCACCUUCUGGUGAAUCACUCCGCCAGGUGGAAUUCCGAAUGCUCCAAUUCCUAAAUAACACACUCGUAUGUUUGUCACACAAACUCCAAUCUGGCUUUUCACCAACAAUCGAUCCACAUCCAUCAUGGGAUUUACUUCAAAGACCCAAACAAACAUUCACAAGAAGAAAAUCCGGCAAAAGUCGAUUACAAAUGGUGACUACAACAGGAGACCAUGAAGCUGAUGACGAAAUGUCUCCACGGGACCCGCCUAAUCACAUAAUUAACGGAAGGAUGAACAGUAGCCACUGUUUCGUGCCAUCUUCGUGUGUGGGUGUGUUUAGCCAUCCGGUACCUAUCAAGUGUUUGCUGACGGGGAUUCUUGGUUGUAGCCCGGUGAUGGUGAACAAGAUGUGCAUAGAAGAUUCUUCUAUGACAGUGCUCCAACAUUCUUGGAAAACGGGCUGGCAAAUUAAAAGAUUAAAUGAUACUUCCCACCUUAGGCUUCUGUAGUAAGUGAUCCUUUCAAUUGUGUAGAGCAUGACAUGAAGCGUUAUUUAUGAUGAUAGUUUGUUUGUUUGUGAUGAUUGUAUACCUGGAACAUUUUGAUUUGAAGAAUACUAUUAAUUAUAAUUAUUUGUUUCUA